GUAAGAGACAAGACAGGGCAGCCAGCCAAGUCGGGAUCAGGAACCUUUUUGUGUGCAGGGCAUGGUGGGAGCCGAAGAAGCGGACAGCAAAACCGGGAUUUUUUUGGGGUCACCCCAGACUGAUGGAAUGGAGGAUGGAGGAGAGUCGGGGAAAAAAGAGGGUCUGGGGGACGGACUGGAGACAUGCCACACCGAAUCGGCAUCGAUCCUGGGGGGAAGGACUGGGCGUGGGGGUUACCGAAGAGAUUCCGACGAGGGAGGAGAUACAUAGUACUAAUGUCAAGGAUGACGAUGACGAUGAUGAUGAUGAUGAUGAUGCAUCAGUGCCAGUGGUUGAUCAAGGUUGUCUGUUGUAUGGAGACGGGAAGACAAGAAGGCGAAAAGGCGGAACACACCAAAAGACGAAGCCGAAAGGGAAAAAGCGGAGAGAACGUGGGGGUUGCCGUCCGACGUUGCAACUGUUUGCAUUCUGGGAAAGUACUACUUCGUACUGGGUACUCACAGUGUACUACUAUACACACAGUCCGAAUGAUUCAACCCAGAUGCAGUGCUUCCAGCAUUGACAAACAAGGCUCAAACACCUCAAAUUCCCCCUAUUCUACACAUUCAAUCAAUCAAGUGACCAACAACAUAGCACAGCACACCAAACUCCCUUCUCCCCCCCUGCCCCCGCGCAUCACCCAACCAGCCCGAAACGAGAAUCGGGAAAGAAUCUCGGCUUCCAACCCAAUGCGACCAUCAGCCCAUGGUCCAUGGUCCGUCCUGUCUGCCCGGCGGCGGGCUGGACCGUCCAUCCGUCAUUCAAUGAGAAAGAAAAAGGACCUGACGCGGGUGUCGCCGGAGGCAAAAUUUUUCCCUUUUUGAAGAAGCUUGACGAGAAACAAAGGGAUCGAAUCAGACCGACUCAUUGACAGACAGACAGACAGACAGACAAACAGACAGGAUACCUGGUGACCACGGGACCGAUCCC